AUGCCGCUGGGCCCAGGCCCAUCGCCAGGGCGCUUCAGGUGCGUCUUCUUCUGGCAGCUCUCACUGUGGUGCCUGAACUCGGGCCGAUGCUCUACCCGGCGGGCAGACGAGAUCGCGGAAGGCGCAGCGUGGGACUGGCCCAGCGGUGCUUUCCUCAGGUUCGGGAACGACUCCGAGCUGAUCUAUACCAGGAUUACCACAAGCGCCGGGCUGACCAUCUCUGAUCUGCAGAUCACGGUUCCCGUUGCCGAGUGCAGGGAGUGGAAUGCGUCGGACUUGGGACCAUACACUUUGCUGAUCCACAUGCACGAUGUAAGUUACCUGGAGCUGCUGCUGCACAUCACCGCCGAUGAGAACUCCACCUUGUUUCUGGGACCCUCGCUGGAUGAUGGCUAUGAGAUCACGUUAGCCAGCGAGCAGGGCAUCUCCUCCGUACGAAGGUUGCUUGCGAAUCGAGUGCAAGGAAGCACAGAGGAGCAGGGGCUUUGGGCCCUUCCCGGUGCUCGACUCUCCGUCCGCCUCUCCUGGCAGCUGCUGCUUGGGGCCGGCACCCUGAGGAUCUACAACGGCAGCGAGCCGCUUCCUGCGACGCAGCUGUUGGCUUUCGUUGACCCGACGCCGCCGCGACGGGCCAGUGACCUGCGCCUCUGGGCCGCAACGACGAGCACCGCAGGUCUCUGGAGUGCCUGUCCUGUGGGCCGGUCUGCGCCGGUGCUAGAGAGGGAGAAUCACCAGCGGCCCAUGCUCAAGCUGGUUAGGGAUGGGACCCGGCCGUCGGAAUGUGAAGAAACGCUGCAAGACGUCGCGGUUCCCAGCAGCGAAUGGCAGAGCUGGCCCUUGCCUCUCGUGCUCACGGAGAAUCGCCUGGAAGCUCUGGAAAACUUCAGCUUCAUGCAAGGCAUGGAUAGCUCUGAUGCUGAUGUUGACAAGAAGGCCCCCGAACCGAAGAAAAUUAAAUUAGAGCCCAAAGAUGAAAACAUGACCCAGCCUGACGGGGAAGGGGACAUCCCUCCUCCUCCCAUCGACCAUCAGGCAGCUUUUGGUCAACAUCAGGUUUUCGACCUCACUCUCGAUGACGAACUCCGCGAUACUGAGCCGCCUCCUCAGCCCGAACACCACGCUGGCGGAGCCUUUCCCACCCUUACUAGGCCUAGUUGGACUGACGCCCGAAGUGGCGAAGCCGAGGAGGAAGUACGCAACAUGUUCCGUGCCGCAGAUGCUGAGGCCCUCAUUGACCAGCUGUCUGGGCCUUCAGGACGCACAAAUUUCUUACGGGUGUCGCUAGCCUUCCCAGAGAAUGCUAGCUUACCCCGCAAGCGCCAAAUCCAGAAAGAGCUCCUUGACAAACUUAAAGCCAUGAAAUGCUCUAGCGGGAUUGAUGGUCAGAAUGGUGCCGACUUGUGGAUCCAGAAAGACAGGCCCCUCGAAGAGCGCCUGCGCAUUCGAGCUGUUGUCCUGACUAAGAAUUUCUACAACAAGAUUCCUUCCCUUGCGGGUCGCCCACCCUUGCCUCCGCCCGAAAUGGUCUGGAGAGGCCAAGUCUUUAUAGGACAAACCAAGCUUAUUCGGAACAUGGACGAUGGUCACGAACCUAUUGCUACGGACCAAAUCAUCGAAGACAAUAAGGGCAACCAUACCGUCUGGUUUCUGAGCUCGCAGGCUUUCGAAGAGGUGACGGGCCGCGCUAAGGAAACCCUACAGCAAGCCUGGCUCGACUAUGGUCCGGCCUCUACCCCUAUGGGGGCCGGGGGCGCCCUUUGA